UUGAAGCAUGAUGCAGAUUAUUUUUAUUGAUUCCGUUCGCAAUGGGAAGAACCUGUUUCUUUCCCGGUUGCAGAAGUCGUGACGGAAACUUCAUCUCGUUUCACGCGUUUCCUGUGGACGAGCCGACGUUAGGUAUCUGGAAAGCAUUUUGCGGAAGAGAAAAUGCUACUCACAGGAACUUGCUAUGUAGCGUGCAUUUCGACACUGCCUGUUUUCGUGAUCCUUCCCGACCAUCGAAAGGCUUGCUCAAAACAGCUGUUCCCACACUCAAGGUCCCGGAGCUGGAAGCACACGGCGUAGAGUUCCUAGAUGGUUUUGAAACAGAAGUCCAUCGAGCCUUGCAGAACCAUCCAGCAAUAGAAAAGCUUGAGAACUCUGCUACCGGAAAUGCAGGAGCUGACGACGAACAGAUCGAUUUCCGUCAGCUUUAUCUAAUGGAGCGACGACAACGUGAGGCAAGCGAGCAAAAGUUGAGAAAAACGGAAGGAGCACUUAAGAUCGCGGAAGAUAAGCUGGAGACUUCUCAUGCAAGCCAGAAACUGCUGAAACGACGCUGCACCAGACAAGAGCAAAGACUGGCUACAAACAAGGUCGACAUCCUGGCGCUAAAGAAGCAGGUCCGACUCAAGCUUGGGGCCCAAGACCGCAUGUUUGCGCAAGCCGUCCGAUCGAACCCCGUCCUUCGGGAGUGGCAACACGCAACAGCGCUGAUAUUAAUAUCGCAAAUGUUUUCAUUCUCGCACAAAACAAAAUCGAGUUUUCUUGCUUUAAUAGUCAAAAUAACCAUGGCCAUCAGUCCAUCGGACAUAAAACAGUGGGCAGCACCAGGACCGUUUCCAAGUCCAACUUUGAUCAGCAUCUGCGGCAGCAACGAGGAGCAACAGUCCAUCUUGGCCAAGAUGCUGCCCCGCCUGCAUCGGAAGAAGCGACUCGCAACGGCGCUCGAGAAGAUGACUGACGAAUUCUUGCCGAGCGACGAGGAGAACUAG